AUGCCUGUUCUGCAAGGAGAUUUCCAGGGGACACUGCGGCUGCUGCGGCUGGUGCUGCUCCACGCAGCCUGGGAGGUGGGGAGCGGCCAGCUCCAUUAUUCUGUGCUGGAGGAAUCCCAGCACGGCACCUUCGUGGGCCGCAUCGCCCAGGACCUGGGGCUGGAGGUGGAGGAGCUCAUGCCGCGGAUGUUCCGGAUGGUUUCCAAGGAACACAAGGAUUAUCUGGAGGUAAAUGUGCAGAAUGGGAUCUUGUUUGUGAAUUCCCGGAUAGACCGAGAGGAGCUGUGUGCCCAGAGCCCUGUAUGCAUCAUUCAUCUGGAGGUGAUCCUGGACAAACCCCUGAGGGUCUUCCAUGUGGAAGUGGAGAUCAGGGACGUAAAUGACAAUGCGCCCGUUUUCUCCGAGAUGGAAGAGGUUUUGAGUGUUGCAGAGUCGGUGCUGUCAGGGGCUCGUUUCCCCCUAGAGGGAGCCUCAGAUGCAGAUGUUGGUGCUAAUGCUCAGCUUAAGUACAGGCUCAGUUCCACUGACUAUUUUGCUGUUGAAGAGAAAGUCAGCGACAGGCACAGCAAAUCCUUAAUGCUUGUAUUAAAGAAACCUCUGGACAGAGAGAAAAUCUCAGUGCACCAUUUAGUGCUCACAGCUACUGAUGGGGGACAACCAGUUCUCACAGGCACCCUCCAUCUUGAGAUCAUUGUGUUGGAUGCAAAUGACAAUGCGCCUGUGUUUAAUCAAUCGGUGUAUGAAGUGAAAUUGUCAGAAAAUGUGGCAGAUGGGACACUGGUUACUCACCUCAGUGCAACAGACUUAGAUGAAGGAGUGAAUAAAGAGAUCUCCUACUUCUUCAGUAAGCAUGUUUCCCCCAAUGUAAAAAAUGUAUUUGCUCUAGAUUCUGAGACUGGAGAGAUUAGGGUAAAAGGAAAAGUGGAUUAUGAAGAAACGAAACUUUAUGACAUUGAAAUUGAAGCGAAAGACAAAGGAACCUUCCCUCUGUCUGGUCACUGCAACGUCAUCAUAGAAAUCAUGGAUACGAAUGACAAUGCCCCAGAAGUGUCGGUGACAUCCCUGUCUGUGCCUUUGCCAGAGGACUCACCACUGGAGACCGUGGUGGCCCUGAUCAGUGUCUCAGACAAAGACAAUGGGCAAGUGAGCUGCUCCCUGUGGCCUGCCAGACUCCCAUUCAAGCUGGUAUCGACAUUCAGGAAUUACUACUCACUGCUGCUAAAUGCGACGCUGGAUCGUGAGAAGAUUGCAGAAUACAAAGUGGUUGUAACUGCCCGAGACCAAGGGACACCAGCACUGUCAGCCAGCACCAGCCUAGUAAUACCCAUUGGCGACGUCAAUGACAAUGCCCCGGCCUUUGCCCAGCCCUCCUAUAUGGUCUUUGUGCGGGAGAACAACCCUCCCGGUGCCCACAUCUUCACAGUAUCUGCCACGGACCCGGAUGUGGGGGAGAACGCCCUGCUCAGCUACUGGAUGGAUGAGAAGCUCUGGCCACUGGCCAGCUAUGUCUCGGUGCACUCAGAGAGCGGGAAGCUCUACGCCCUGCAGUCCCUGGACUAUGAGGAGCUGAAGCUGCUGGAGUUCCAGGUGAGUGCCAGGGAUGCCGGGAUGCCCUCCUUGUGUGGCAACGUGACCAUCCAGGUCUUCGUGGUGGACGAGAACGACAAUGCCCCAACAGUUUCUGGACCAGACGAUUUUCCGAUCUCUCUGGUGGUUCCUGUGGUAGCCGGCCACACUGUAGGCAAAGUCCGUGCCCUGGAUGCCGAUUCAGGCUACAAUGCGUGGCUUCAGUACGAGCUGCAUGAGGCGACGAGUGGCCCUUGGAAAGUAGGACUGUACAGCGGUGAGAUCAGCACUGUGCGGGUUGUGGAUGAGCUGGAGGGUGAUGGGCACAGCCAGAGUCUGCUGGUGCUGGUGAAGGAUCAUGGCAAGCCAGUGCGGUCAGCCACAGCCACACUGAGCAUAUCACUGGUGGUGCAUGCUCAGGCUGUUCACGCAGAUGGCCACCACCCCAGAGCACAAGGGAGCAUGAGACCCCUUGCAGGAAACACUAAUGUCUACCUGAUCAUCGCCAUCUGUGCGGUGUCCAGCUUGUUCCUGCUGGCAGUCAUCCUCUACAUGGCCCUGCGCUGCUCGUGCCAGCCCAAGGAAGCAGUGAUGUGUGGGCCUGGCACAGCCACGCUGGUGUGUGCCAGUGAAGUGGGCAGCUGGUCCUACUCCAAUCGCUACAGCCACAUCCUGGCCAGCACAGCUGGAGAAAUGGGUGCCAAGAAUGAUCUGAUGAUCUUCAGCCCCAACAUUCCUGCGUUUGUGGAGAAUGGAGAAGUGAAGGAAGGCAAAGACACAGUUUCAGAUUCGUCUGGGCAGACCAACAUGGUGCACACCUGCAGUGACCCCAAACUUGAAAUAUUAGAAGAGAAAGUGAGAGCGCUUGAGCGGCAGGUGUCUGCCCUCCAAGGAAUUAAAAAAUGUGAGAAGUUCUUGGACAGAAUGGUGGAACUGCAAGAGCACCAGAGAUGGAAGAGCGACAGCAGCUUGAGGUGGGAAUGA